AUGCUGACCCGCCGCUUCGCCACUGCGCCGCCGCCUGCUCGAACGCCGCUCCAGGAUAAUCCGACGCUGCUCUUCAGCUGGUGGUGCACUGCCUUUGCCUUGGUUAUCAUACUCGUCCGCAUCGCCGGUCGUUAUGUCCGCACCGAGAAGCUCUUUCGCGAGGACAAGACCAUUGCCUUGAGCAUCAUCCCGCUAUUGCUACGCAUGGGCCUCGUCCAUGCCAUGCUGCGUCUGGGCACCAACAAUGCCGUCACCACCGGUCUCACGCCCGAGGACAUUUAUCAUCGCUCCAUUGGUUCACGCUUGGUCCUGUGCUCCCGGAUCAUGUAUGCUGCAUACCUGUGGAUCGCCAAGUUUACCGUAUCCGAAUUCCUCAAACGGCUUACGGCCCCCAUUUGGAAGCGUUCCUACGAAAUCAUCCUCAAUAUCAUCCGACACUUUCUCAUCAUCUCCUUCAUCGCCGUCGUCAUCUCGACUCUCGCCGAAUGCCAGCCCUUUUCUCAUUAUUGGCAGGUGAUUCCGGACCCUGGACCACGAUGCCGACAGGGAUAUGCACAACUGAUUACCAUGGGCGCCUGCGACGUCAUCACCGACCUGCUGCUCGUCUUCUUUCCGAUUCCUCUCAUCAUCAAAUCCGCCAUGCCAUUGAAGAGAAAAAUGUCCCUCGUCCUCCUUUUCAGCCUGUCCCUCGUCCUCGUUGCCAUCACGCUCUACCGUAUCCCCGCCAUCAUCCAGACGCGUUCGUCGCAGCAGUUUCGAACCGUCAUGGCCUCGGUGGAGAUUCUGGCGGCCGCCGGCGUCACCAAUGGCCUCGUCCUCGGAUCCUUUGUGCGCGAUCGUGGCGUCAAGAAGAUCAAAUACAAGUUUGGCUCGACGAGCGACAGCAUGGAGCGCGCCUCAACACGUCGCGGCACGGUGACGACGCAACACUGGGGAAGUGACGAGGAUCUGGUCCGCGACCUCGGCAUCCGCCUGCACCCGGAGCUGCGCGCUUCGGUGCAAUCGCCACGUCCCGCGCCCAUGGCCAUUCCGCUCGCGUCCACGGCCAAGGCUGUCACGCCGGCCAUUGAUCAGAACUGGGAAUUCCCCGCCGACGAUGCGUCGUCGGACAGUGAUGCCGAUCUCAAGCACCCGGAUGCUCUCGACCCGCCUCGCUCUCCGGGGACCCAGUCGCGACCGCCCAAUGCCCGCAAAACGUCGUUUUUCGACGUUGGCGGACUGCUCGAAGACGGCAACGGUGUGAUUGCACGACCUGAACCUGCCCUGACUACUUCAAACUCCCCGUCGCCGCGCAACACGUCGAUUGCGCAGGACCACGCGCAGCCGCGUCAAGGAUCCAGGGCACUCCUGCACGACAUUGGUGGCCUGCUGACGCCGCCGUCCGAGACGGGUCGCGGAAGAAGUCGGUCCCGCGGGCGGGGCCUCACCCCGUAUCUAUCCCGAACAGGCCACAGUCGGGAUCACCUCUCGAGUGGCGGAGCAGGAGCACGAGCAGGGCCAGCAAGCUCUUCGUCUCCCAUCCUUGCCAUGGCACGCGGAGCCAUCUCCCCUCCAGCAGCUCGACCAACCGACUCAUCUCGUGCCCCAUCAAUGGGCAUCUCCAAUUUGCAAUUGGCCCGAACGCGCACCGAGCAUUCCCUGCAGGACGUGGGCGGCCUCUUGAACGAUAGUCUAUCCCCUUCAUCGCAGACUUCGCAGCGCUCAUCCCUUCCCGCAGUGGAAAUCCCGCUCAAGGAGUUUCCGCAACCGGGGUCGUGA